GUGGAUUGGGAUUUUGUGAGAGUUCCAUUUUGGUUGAUCAGAUUUUUGUGAAGGGUCCGUUAACAGACCCAAAUAUCCUCCGGCCAGACCCCUGUUUAAUGAAAAUAUUGAAUAGUAUGAACGAAUGGCCUUAGGGACAGUUGUCAUUGGAGGUGGAAGUGGCUUCAUUGGAAGGGCUAUCACAAGAAAUCUGAAACAGCUUGGCUAUGAUGUCUUAAUUGUAUCUAGACAACCAAAUUUGCAUGCUAUAUCAUGGAAUGAUAUCCUUCAUGAAGGUCUUCCCAAAGGCUGUGUUGCUGUCCUGAAUGUGGCUGGUCAGAAUGUUCUUGAUCCUACUAGGAGAUGGACUCCUGGAUUCCGUCAAAAUGUGUAUGCCAGCCGUGUCAGUACAACAAAGCUACUAGCCAAUGAAAUAGAAAAAAUGAGUGAUCCACCAAAAGCAUUUGGCAUCAUAUCAGGAGUGGGCUAUUACAAAGCAAGUGUAACUACGGAACACACAGAAGAUAGCCCUGGAGGUAACCAUGAUUUUUUCUCCCAGCUCUGCACAGAGUGGGAAGGAGCGAGCGUUUUGCCACAAGGACACAAAACCAGGAGGUUCAUCGUCAGAUCAGGUGUAGUUCUUGGUCGAUCUGGUGGCAUCAUCAGACAGAUUUACUGGCCUUUUUAUUUUGGUCUUGGUGGACCCAUCGGCAGCGGGAAACAGUACUUUCCCUGGAUACACAUAGAGGACAUUGCCGGCAUCUUUGUUCAUGGCGUCCAGUUUGAUUCCGUCAGUGGUAUCCUGAAUGGAGUUGCCCCUCAGACUGUCACUAAUCAGGAAUUCUCCAAGGCUCUGUCACGUGCCAUGUGGAGGCCGUCGCUUAUCCCUUUGCCAGAAUUUGCCAUCAAACUGGCUUUUGGUGAUGAAAGAGCAACCAUGAUGACUGAAGGACAAAGGGUUAUUCCAAAGAGGACAUUGGAAUCUGGAUAUAAAUUUAGGUUUCCUAACAUCAAAGAAGCAUGCGAGGACUGUGCACAUGCAUGGAUAAAUCAUGAUAAGGACUAGAGUUGUUAACUUUGUAAAUAAAUUAUAGUUUUUAGUUAAUCCUUCAAAUGUUUUUUGUAAGGAUUAUAAAGUUCAUGGAAAUUUAAAUUAUUAUUUAUCUUCAACUUUAACCCCUUCCCGCUCACUCCCAUGUCUAUGCCAUGCUGGGGUUUCGAUCUCCAUUUCUCGCUCCUGUGAUAGCGCCGUGCUGGGGUCUGCAAUAUUAACGCGAUGAAACUAUUAAAACCAAUUCAUUUAUUUUGCCCAGAAUACAUUUUAUUUCUCUCUUUAUACACUAGAUGACAGCACCAGUCCAUUUUAAAUGUAAUUGCAGAGAUGAAGAAAGGAAAUUUGGUUCUAACUAUAGUGCCUAGAAAGACUAGUGUGCCGAUCGACGGGGAAAAAUGAGGUCAGAGCUGAGGAAAAACCAGAUGGCGCUGCGCUCGAGGUGUACGUUAUGCUCCUCAAUCAAACUCGUUUUAAAUCAGCGAUUGCAUGCUCAUUUCGCAGUUUAAAAGCCCCGUUUUUCGGAUUGAACUUAUUUCUGCGCAAAAGACAAAUUCUGUAAUAAGUGUGCUAUUUGUUACGUGGGUGUUCAUUUAUUUUUUGAAGAAUAUAAAAUGACCUUAUGCUAAUUUAUCUUCAAUGAAAAUAGUAGACUAUAAGGGGCCAUUCAUUAAAUAUGUAAGGGUCCCGAGGGGAGGGGGGUUGGAAAAGCCUCUACGUACCUUUGGGGGGUAGGGGUCAAACUCAUUCUUACGUAAUAUUUUCCAAGUCAGCAUUUCACAUUAGAAAUUGCGCGGUCAACAAGUGAUUUGGCGGAGAUUAUGUUCCAUUUGCGUAUGGAAGGUAAGAAACGUGUUAGGAUAAGAUGUUUUUUUAUUUGUUUUACAAAGAAUGAAUAGUGUAAAAUAUAAUAAAAGAGUCGCAUUAUGUAUGGCAUGUUUUAUUUUUAAUUAAUAUCACAUCAAAAAAAAAGUCAAAAAAACAUUCAGUUUAGAUUCUAACUUUUCAGUAACUAUUUCUUU